AUGAGACCAAAUUAUAGUAGAUUAUCAACAUAGCCAUAGGAAAAUUCAGAUGAUUAGUGCUACCCACCAUUAAUGAAGGGAUUUAAGUUUGAUAGAAUUUUAGGUAGAGGCGGAUACGGAUGUGUUUGCUUAUAUGUAAAAAAUGAUAUUAAAGUAGCAAUUAAAUUUGAGAAAACUGAUGGCAAUUUCCAAGUGAAUACUAUUCUGAAUGAAUCAUUGAUUUUGAAAAAGCUUAGCAAAAACAAAGUAAAUUUUGAGCCUGCUUAUAUUGAUCAUGGUUUAGCAAAACAUGCAAUGAAGGGAAAGGAAAUUAAUUACAAUUACCUUAUGCUGAGCUAUUUAGAUGAACCGUUGGUUGAUUAUUAUGAGAGGAAAAAGUAGAGUUUAAAUAUCUCAAAAAUAUUCUUGGGAAUGCUUGAUGCUUUACAGUAGAUUCAUGAUGCUGGUAUAAUUCACAGGGAUAUAAGUCUUAACAACUUUAUGGUUAAAAAUGAUUCAAUAAAGAUCAUAGACUUCGGAACUUCACGAGAGUAUAUGCUUAGAGAUAAUCAACAUAUCUCACUCUAAACAGGGAAGUAGUUGAGAGGUACAACAUAUACUGCAUCAUCAUUCAAUCAUUAAGGUUAUGAAUUAUCUCGCAGAGAUGAUAUAAUAUCGAUGAUUUAUUGUGCAAUGACACUUAUUUUGGACAAAUUGCCUUGGUAUGAAGAAUCAUUAAACUAUAAUGCAAAAGAUGCUUAGCAACAAAUUUUGUCAAGCUCAAUUUUACAGAAGAAAAUUGAGAUGUUUGAGAAAAGAUAAGAUUUCGAAGAUGAUAGAAUCAUUAAAUUAUUAGAAUUGAUUAAAACAAUUGAAAAAUGUAGUUUUGACAAACGUCCAGACUAUCAAUAUAUUUGA